AUGGGAGGUAAUAAUAAACAAGGCAUGUUUAGAUUUGCUGAUAAAAAGGAUAAGAUUUUAAUGUUCUUUGGAACAUUAGGUAGUAUGGGAGAUGGUCUUCAGAUUCCUCUAAUGAUGUUUGUGCUUAGUGAUGUAAUUAAUGAUUAUGGAAAUUUAAGUAAUUCUGUUUCUAUGAAGACUGUCAACAAGUAUUCUCUCAGGUUACUAUAUGUUGCUAUUGGAGUUGGACUGGCUGCUUUUGUUGAAGGAUUAUGUUGGGCAAGAACUGCAGAAAGACAAACAUCUAGAAUGAGAUUAGAGUAUCUAAAAUCUGUUCUGAGGCAAGAAGUUGGAUUUUUCGAUACACAGGCAGCUGAAUCUUCCACUACUUAUCAAGUAAUUUCGACUGUAUCAGCUGAUUCCACUACCAUCCAGAUCACCAUAGGCGAGAAGAUACCUGAUUGCCUGGCUUACAUGUCGUCCUUCCUGUUCUGUCAUAUCUUUGCCUUUCUACUCUCAUGGAAGAUCACGUUGGCCGCGAUACCAUUCACCUUAAUGUUCAUCGUUCCCGGACUUGGAUUUGGUACAAUGAUGAUGAAUGUGGGAAUGCAGAUGAUAGAGUCAUAUGGAGUUGCAGGAGGAAUAGCAGAACAAGCUAUUUCUUCAAUAAGAACACUGUAUUCUUAUGUGGCUGAGAACCAAACUCUCGAAAAGUUCAGUCAAUCGUUGCAGAAAGUUAUGGAACUAGGAAUUAAGCAAGGCUUUGCUAGAGGGCUGUUGUUGGGAAGCUUAGGAAUGGUUUAUAUUAGUUGGGCUUUUCAAGCAUGGCUCGGAUCGAUUCUAGUUAGCAAACAUGGAGAAAAAGGAGGUGAUGUAUUUGUAGCAGGUUUCAAUGUUCUUAUGGGAGGAUUGUAAGUU